AUGGCCCCAACACUAGCACUCACACUUGCCCUCAUAGCGCUUGUAUCUGUCGUGGUAGUGCAAUCCUUGCAAAAGAAGAGACACACUAAGAAGCAUCCUUUACCCCCUGGUCCUCCACCUCUCCCUGUUGUUGGAAAUGUGAUCGGAAUCGACCCAGAUCAUCCAUGGUUAGCAUACACAAGAUGGGGAACCGAGUAUGGGGAAAUCGUUUACACCCGACUGUUUAAUCAGGAUAUCAUGAUCAUCAACUCUGAAAGAGUUGCGCAUGACUUGCUUGACCGUCGUUCACACAACUAUUCCACAAGACCCCCAGGGCUUGUGCAUAUUCUUGACUUUGUUGGUCAUGACUACUCCACUACUUUUCUACCCUACUCAGACAAGUGGAGACUUCACAGGCGAAUCUUCCAUGAAGCAUUCCAUUUAAAAGCAGUGUCAUCCUUCCGUCCGAUACAAAUACGCAAUGCUCGCAUUUUGAUACUAAACCUACUAGCCUCUCCGGAGGUGUAUGGAACCCAUUUAUACACAUUAGCAAUUUCUCCUUUCAUGUAUUGCGUGGCUGAACAAUACUUUCUACGCAGCUUCAGCACGUCUACUAUCAUGUCAAUCAUGUAUGAUUAUGCUAUAGCGCCUGUUGAUGAUCCCUUCCUUGCGGUCAUUGAACGCUCACUUGAGAUAGAUAUAAAAUUAUUCAGGCCUGAAGUCGCAGCUUUUGUAACACAGUUCCCCAUAUUGGAAAAACUUCCUCCUUGGCUCCCUGGAGCGAGCUUUGUACGGGAUGCUAUAGUCCAGAGAACCCUCGUUCCCAUGAUUGUGGACAUGCCGUUUGAACAUGUGAAGAACAACAUGGCAAGCUGCGGGAACGGCUCACCAUCCGUGGUGUCGGAUGCAUUGAAACGUAUACCAGUCAAAACACAAGAUGAAAGGGAGGCAGCUGUUCCUGAGCAAGGGAUCAAGGAAUCCAGUGCAACUGGUUAUGCUGUAACAUGGCACGAGUCCCCCGCCAGCAGACCAGCCCUCUGCCACCGCAAGGCUAUAGACGACAGCCCUCUGCUGAACGCACGGCUAUAG